AUGAAGUUCCUGGCGCUGCCGACCUCGCUGCUUCUCAGCAUCACCCUCCAGGCACGGAGCUCGGCGGCCCAACUCGAGAAUGACUUUUCGGCAUACCCUGAAGGCUCGCAAGAAUGCAUUACCGACGCGGCAAACCAGACACAAUGUUCGGGGAGUACGGGACAAGAGUUGAACCAGUGCUUGUGUAGGAACAAGGGGAAUUUCAUUUAUAACACGGCCAUGUGUGUCGCAAACGAGAGCCCCGGCGAUCUAAAUGCUGUCUAUGAUACCAUGCAAAAUAACUGUCAGGGCACUGGUGUAACAAUAGCCGUGUCUAAGGAAGCAUUCUUAUCACAGGCUGCGGCAGCUACUUCAUCACCUGGAUCGCCAACGUCGACGAGCUCGCCCGAAGCGACACAAAGUCUGAGCCCCGUAGCACAGAGCAGCAUCUCGACAGGCGCAAAGAUCGGGUUAGGCGCUGGCAUCGGCAUCGGUACCGUCGGGUUGGGGUUGCUAGCGUGGUUCAUAUGGUUAUACUCAAAAAGGCGGCGAUCACAAACCCCUCCCCCUCCCUCGGCAAACGGGACAAACCACGAUGUUGAGCUUUCGAACAGUAAUAUGCCCGGCAACCAAAGCUUCGUUUCGUCGAUGGCAUCGCCGCAUGUCGCAUACGCGCACCACAACACACAGUUUGCAGCUGCGGAGCUAGGGGACACGCACCAAGAGUGGAAGGAACUUCCGGCAGACAAUUACGACCAUGUGAAGGCCGACGAUGGAAGCCAUAAACGCACAUCCGACGUCCCACUCCUGGCGGCGGAACUAGGACACGAGGAGACGCGUGGGAAUACCCCGGUCUCACCUAUACCCACAUACGCCGUCGAGCUACCGGCCGAAGUAGUUUAUCCUCCAAGAUCGCCUCCCACUCCGACUGUGAGUCCGAUGUCAUAUAGCCCGUACCACGAACACGGAUAUACGCACCACCACGGAACAGGAUGA